CUAACAAGCGUCAAAUCAAAGAGGCAGUUAAAAAGUUGUAUGAUGUUGAUGCUCAAAAAAUUAACACCUUGAUAAGACCUGAUGGAACCAAAAAAGCUUAUGUUCGCCUUACUGCUGAUGUGGAUGCUUUAGAUGUUGCUAAUAAG